AUGGUCGAUAGUGGUGUCCCCCAGGGUUCAGUACUGGGACUCAUUUUGUUCCUUAUCUACGUGGACGAUGCCGCAAGAGAUUUAGACUGUGAAGUAGCAAUGUUUGCGGAUGACAUGAAGAUAUGGAGUGUAAUUCGGGGUCCUGCCGAUGAAGACAGACUGCAGAUGAACCUGAGUCGGUUGGAGGAGUGGUCAAACCGUUGGCUCCUGCGGUUCAACGUUGCCAAAUGUAGCAUACUUCGCCUAGGCAACACAGCCAGAUCCGCCAGCACAAGAGGCUACUUUCUGGGCGGUGCAGCCCUACAAGAGGUCGAAGCCCAAAAGGACCUCGGUGUGCUUACGACGAGUUCCCUAAAACCAUCCGCCCACUGUUCGAGGGUGGCAAAAACCGCAAUGUCCGUACUGUACGCCAUCAAGCGUGCGUUUAUGGACUUUGACAAAGAAGCUUUCUCUAAGACAUUCAGAACAUUCGUCCGGCCGCAUUUAGAGUACGGCAUACAAGCUUGGAGGCCGUGGGCUGUUGUGGAUCAAAACUGCCUCGAAAGAGUCCAGAGGAGAGCCACGAAGAUGGUUAGGGGUCAAAGCUCCUUUCCUUAUGCGACCCGCCUAGUAAAUCUAAACCUCUUUCCUUUGACUUACAGGCAAUUUCGCGGAGAUCUCUUGCAAGCCUUCCGCAUUGUAAAGGGGUUGGAUUGCAGUCUGGUCUUCGAGGACUUUUUUGAAUUUGCUACAACGACCAACCUCCGAGGUCACCCGUUAAAGCUACGCACUCAGCAGGCACGGCUGGAUGUGCGGAAGUUCUCCUUCUCGGUUCGGGUGGUCAAACCAUGGAAUGAGCUUCCCGCAGAUGUUGUGAUGUCACCAUCUAUACAAAGUUUUAAGAAGAAUCUGGACAUAUUUAUGAUCCGAAAUGACCAAGCCCGAUGA